AUAAGAACAACUUUUGAUAAUAUAAGACACCCAUUUCUUAGAGCGAGACAAUUCACACCAAGUAGACCUCAAACACAAUGUCUCGAAUUAUCAGUGUCAUUGUCUCCCUUUUCUGUCUCUACUCCCUCACAACUCCGCCGCCAAUCGCCGCCGCAGACGACGACGACGACGGAAAACUCAACGCCUAUGACGUCCUCAAAUCCUACGACUUCCCGAUGGGUCUCCUCCCAAAAGGAAUCACGGGCUACGAUCUCGACAAAUCCACCGAAAAAUUCCACGCUUAUCUGACCGGUACCUGCAGUUUCUCUCUCGAAGGCUCAUACCAGCUCAAAUACCAAUCCACCAUUAGUGGGUACAUAUCGAAAGACAGGAUUACAAACCUCAGUGGCAUAAGCGUGAAGGUACUCUUCUUCUGGCUCAACAUCGUCGAGGUUGUUCGGAGAGGCGACCAGCUCGAGUUCUCGGUGGGGAUCGCUUCUGCGGACUUUGGGAUUGAGAAUUUCGAAGAGUGUCCGCAGUGUGGGUGUGGAUUGGAUUGCAACAGCAAUGGGCAAGUAAGGAAGAUUAUAACUAGCUCUUUUGUUUCUUCCAUUUAAUGUGAAAUUGAAUGUGUAGUGAGAUGCCUUGUUGGGAUUUGGAUGAUGGGUUGUUUAUGAUUUGGGAUUAAUCGACAUGGGUUUUGAUUAUUUGUUCCAGUAUAUGGAUUAUAUGUGUUUUGGAUUGAUUUGAAUUAACAUAUAUGUAUGCUUGAUAUUGUAUUUC